UUGAGGGGGGCAGAUUCCUUUGGUUUGCGCAGAGAGGGAGAGGGAGGUGUAUGUUUUGGUUUCUUUCUGAUCACUUUGGGAGAGACUAGCUUUUGCUUUUUUCCUCUCUUUCUUUUUCUCUGCCUUCAUUCACACUCACCUUUAUUACAUUGCUUGCUCACCAAGUGGACAGCUUGGUUCUUUUCUUGGUUGUCGUACUACGCUAUAUAUAGCACCACCAUGUUUCUUACUGCAGUUCCUUGUACCUUUUCUUUCUGCUAAUUUCACUGCUGCAACCCUGUUUUCUCUUACUAAUUAGUACAACUAUCAUUUCACUCACCUUUCCUUUGAAUCAGGGCUGGGCCUCUUAUCUUAUUAGCUGGUUUUCUGGGUUUUCUUUCGUUCUUUUUUUUGUUCGUUUUGGGAGAUUGUGACAUCUGGGUUUUAGUGGUUUGUUAUUUGUUGUUAGGGUUUUACUAUAUAUAUUUUUGUGAGAGAUUUGGGAUAGAAGGAGCAAAAGGAGCAGCAAAGAGAGAAAGGACAUGGCAGGAGGUGGAGGACCCGCGCCACCACCAAAGCAGGAAGAGCUGCAGCCACAUCCUGUUAAGGAUCAGCUUCCAAAUAUUGCUUACUGCAUUACUAGCCCUCCUCCUUGGCCUGAGGCAAUUCUUCUUGGCUUCCAACAUUACUUGGUCAUGCUUGGGACAACAGUGCUCAUACCCACUACUCUUGUUCCUCAGAUGGGGGGCAGAAAUGAGGAAAAGGCGAAGAUGAUUCAAACAUUGCUAUUCGUGGCUGGAUUAAAUACGUUUUUGCAAACAUUGUUUGGUACUCGCCUGCCUGCUGUUAUUGGAGGUUCCUAUAGCUAUUUGCCGACAACCAUUUCGAUUGUCUUGGCUGGUCGAUACAGUGCCAUUGUGGAUCCUGUCGAGAAAUUUGAAAAGAUAAUGCGUGGAAUUCAAGGUGCCCUCAUUGUUGCCUCAACUCUUCAGAUUGUUGUUGGCUUCAGUGGCCUUUGGAGAAAUGUUGCAAGGUUCUUGAGUCCAUUAUCUACCGUUCCUUUGGUUGCUCUAUCUGGAUUUGGGCUUUAUGAAUUUGGUUUCCCCUUGCUUGCAAAAUGUGUGGAGAUUGGACUACCACAGAUCAUCUUUCUUUUAAUAUUCUCUCAGUACAUGCCCCAUUUGAUACGAGGGGAGAGGGCUGUAUUUGAUCGGUUUGCUGUUAUAUUCUCUGUGGUCAUUGUGUGGAUUUAUGCUCACCUCCUUACUGUCAGUGGGGCAUAUAAGAAUGCAGGACCCACAACCCAAACUAGCUGCCGAACUGACCGAGCAGGAAUUAUAGGUGCUUCUCCUUGGAUAAGAGUUCCAUACCCUUUCCAAUGGGGAGCUCCUACUUUUGAUGCCGGAGAGGCUUUUGCAAUGAUGGCUACUUCAUUUGUUGCACUAGUAGAGUCCACUGGUGCCUUCAUUGCUGUAUCUAGGUAUGCAAGUGCAACUCCAGUUCCACCUUCUAUACUUAGCCGUGGUGUUGGUUGGCAGGGAGUUGGAAUUCUCUUUUCCGGCAUAUUUGGAACUGGGAGUGGAUCAUCAGUAUCUGUUGAAAAUGCUGGAUUGUUGGCAUUGACACGUGUUGGAAGUCGAAGGGUUGUUCAAAUAUCAGCAGGGUUCAUGAUUUUCUUUUCCAUUCUUGGAAAAUUUGGAGCUGUUUUUGCUUCAAUUCCAGCUCCAAUUAUUGCAGCUUUAUAUUGCCUUUUCUUUGCCUACGUUGGUUCAGCAGGUCUCAGUAUCCUCCAGUUCUGCAACCUAAACAGCUUCAAAACGAAGUUUAUUCUUGGGUUCUCUGUUUUCAUGGGCCUUUCAAUACCACAAUACUUCAAUGAGUACACAGCAAUUCAUGGUUAUGGCCCAGUCCACACUGGUGCAAGAUGGUUCAAUGACAUGAUCAACGUGCCAUUCUCAUCAGAACCUUUUGUUGCUGGCUUCUUGGCAAUGUUCUUGGAUGUCACGUUGCAUAAAAAAGACACAACAACCAGGAAGGACAGAGGGAUGCACUGGUGGGACAGGUUCCGGUCAUUCAAGACAGACACAAGAAGUGAAGAAUUUUAUUCUCUGCCUUUCAAUCUCAACAAGUUCUUCCCGUCAGUGUGAUCUUCCGACAUCUAAUUUUGAACUUAUAUUGGUGGCUCUCAUGCCCUCGCAUGUCUCGUUUUGGGCACUACACUACUAGAUGAGCCUUUUCUCCUCAUUUCAGAUCAACAAAACAAGUAAACUUCAGUGGUAUAAAUGUAUGUAUAAUUAUUGUUUAAUUCUUUACUUUUCUUCUA